CUUGUGUGAUAAUUACGUUUCUUAGUCGGUUUUCUAUUUAGGAUGAAACUGCCGUUGCACUAAUAACAUGAUUGCACUGUUGUUUAGUCUAGUCACAAACAAAAAGUCUCACUUGAAUCGCUUUUAAAAGAUCCCGCCGGAAUUUUCCGUCGAAUGCGGCAAAGAAGCUCGGAAUAAAGGACAAAGGAAAGCGUUCUCCUGUGUUUUGGGCGUUGUCGUUUUAGAGAUGCCACAGGCGAGUCAUCGUAGGGAUUUGUGGAUUGUUAUUCGGUAUCUGUGAUAUUACGUCGUUCAUCCGUAGUUCCAAGCAAGGCGGUUUCAAGCUAUCGACAUGUCUAAAUCUGUAUUUGCGCGGUAUAUGUGGCUGAAUAUUUGUUUGAUGUCGUGUGUUUUGUACUGUCAAGGUUUAGGCUUAUUAACUGGACCACCGCGACUUUAUGUUUUAGAGGUAAAUGUUAACAGGGAAGUUAGAUAGAAUACGAUAACAGCUUUACCAUUAUCUGCCAACGCUGCGAAAUUUUGACUGAAUUUGGGGGUUAUUUAUGGUUGCUAGACUAAACAGAAGAAUCCAACUUGUCCGUCGUAAGUGGUCACCGUAUUUUACAGUUAAAACGUUUUAUAGAGUCUGAACAAGUACUUGAAUACUCGGUACACCAGAAUGAAUGAAUUUCCUAAAGAUGUCAUUGUCUUGUUUUUAUCGGAAUGAUUUUGUGGCGAAUGGGAAAUUUAAAGAAGCCCUGCGUGUACUUUUGUGUGCAGAAGUGAAUGGAUAGUGAAACCCCACAGGUGAUUCCAGCCAUGAAUUCCUAGUCAUUCGCAAAGUGGUGGUUUCAAGCCGUUCUUCUGUCGAGUAACGCUCUGGCAUCGCUGACCAUUAAAGAAAACACCGAAGAAGGCCUAAACAAGAUGGCGGUUGCUUUAACACAACGCGUGUUCCGCGGCCCUUUGUACUGUGCUUGUGUGAUGGGCGAUGACAGUAGUGUGGCACGGGACGUGAUUGGAACGGUAAUCGCAACUAUCCCUGUUCCUGUCAGUGGAGGGAAUUGCCCUGGGUUUGCUGGGGGCAUGUUCAUAGCACAGGAUGCUGCCAGUGUCAUCACUAGUGUCGUUACAGCUUCUCGGCACUUCCAUCGCCUGCUGCUGCUGAUCCCAGGCUCAUUGCAGGAGCUGCUAGAUAAAGCACCCCUAUUUAGAAACAUUUCAUUUGAAGUGGUGGCUGCUAACUGCAGUUCAGUGUUCCAUCUGACUUCGUCACAUCAUCUCAGUUUCCAACGUCUGACAACAGAUAGCGACACAGUGCAGAGACAGUUACCAAACUUACAAGGCCGAGUCCUUCGUGUGUCCACUUUUCACUGUCCACCAUUUUCCUACCGCAACAGCUGGAAGAACAUAAAUCACGGUGGCUCCUUGCCUAAAGGGGUUCCAGAUGGUGUAGAGAUGGCUAUAUUCCUUGCGCUCUCCAGGAGACUUAACUUCACUUGGCAGAUGAAUGAUCUUCACGAUGCAGAUGUGUGGGGUCACCGAGAUGACAAUGGCACCUGGUCCGGUGGGAUUGUGGAGAGCAUGUCACAGAAGUUAGCCGACAUUGCUUUUUGCGGCAUAUACGUCGAAGAAACAAUAAUGCAAGAGAUGGACCUCACCAUCCCUUGGACACAUUACUGCCUCACUUUCCUCGUUCCGAGAAGCGCUCGCGGCUUCCGCUUCGCGUUCCUUAAAACCUUCCAGCCCCUUCUGUGGCUUUUCAUCAUUAUAGUGACUCUUGGGACUGCUGUCGUAAUGUGGCUGCUGUCACGCUUUGAACGAAGGCCACGAGGCAUAAUCGAGACCGUCCUUACCGCCGUAGGCUUGCUGUUUCUUUCAAGUUUCCCUGAGCAGCAGACUCGCUUAGGAACCUUGCGUCUGCUGAUGGCCUUCUGGUCUGCCUUCAGCUUGUUGCUGACGACUGCUCUGUCGAGCGGACUUGUGUCACACCUGACUCAGCCUGCACCUACGACGCAGCUUAACUCAGUCCGUGACUUGGUGGAGUCUGGCUUAUCUUGGGGCCAAGCCUAUGAACAAGACUAUUCAGCCAUUUUUAAUAUGCAGGAUCCCUGGCAUGCGCAGUUUGCGGACCAGUUUAAGUUGGAAUCUAACCCACGUGACAGAGUGACUCGUGUAAGACGAGGUCACUAUGCCAUUCUAGGUGGAAAACUUGAUGGUACUGCGCCCUAUUUUAUGGAAGGAGACACUCUGAAAGACACGGGGCUGUUGUCGCAGUUACGAGUCAUGGAUGAAUGUCUGAUUCGUCAGUAUGCGGCACUGGGUCUCAUCAAGAGGUCGUCACUGACACAGCCUGUGAGUCGUGCGAUGCGCUGGUUACUUGAAGCUGGUUUGGUGGAACAUUGGCAGGCUGAUCUGGUACAGGAUUAUGGUAAUCCAGAAAUAAAGCAUCUGUUCCACACUGUACAACAGAGAGGGCCCCAGCAACUUACCUGGGUACACCUCGAAGAUCUGUUCCUCCUUUUAUGCAUUGGCCUCGCGACGGCUACUCUCAUGUUUCUGAUAGAGGUCUUUUGUUUCCGUCUCAAACUCGAGGAUGAUCACGCGCACAGCAACCAUGAUGGGUCGGCACGAUCACAAUAAACACUUAUCUAGAGUGGG